UUUUGGAGCGACACUCACGCGCACCUCGAAGGCAUGCACAUGCAGCUUUUCUCCUGCAUUACAUUUCAACAACAUUUUUGCUGUGGCCAUUAAGACCCCGUGACAGCGUCAGGUCGUUCGCGUGAAACUACUGGACCGUGACGGGAAAGCCAAAACAAAACAAACAGAAAUCAUGUCGACAGUCUUCUCUUUCCAGACACAGCUCGUCUCCAUCAUGGAUGCGUUAUCCAAAACAGCUGUAAUGGAAAUAAGCAAACUGGUCGAAAUCGAGUCAAAGAUGCUCAAGAUCGAGAUAACUCGCGGGCGCAACGAAAUCGCCUCGCUUACAGAGAAACUACAGCUGAUGGAGAAGCUGCUUUAUAUGGCACAGGGGGGCAGGCAGGAUGCGACAGAAGUCAGCUUAGUUGGAAGGGACGGUUUAGAAAACGGAGUACUGGAGACUGAAAGGACAAGACUUGAAAUUAAAAGUGAAAGCCUGUGGGAAAGUUUUUCUUCUGAGACUGGCAGUUUGCAUCAAGGUGAAGAGUAUGCUGCAACAGAACUUCCAAACCAACCCAAAGAGCACCCGGAACUGGUAGUGGUGAAAGAGGAGCCAUGUGAGGUGGACAAUGGAAACACUCAACAAGACAGGACAGCUGAAAACAGAAGAGAAACAGUCACAGACGCCCAGAAGGCUCCAAAUGUGAUGCAGCGUCCCAAACACAUUGCAGACCACCAGCAGCCACUGUUUACUGAUAGCUUUGUGCCUCUAAGCUCCCUGCCAUCUCUCAGUGAAACAGUGAGGGGGGAAACGCACUGGAACCCACAGCUUACACCUGCCGACACAACCCUAGAAGUUGGGAAAAGCUUGGCUCAAAAUAUAACCUCCCAAAGCUUAAGUGUGCUCAGAAAUAUGAAGCUUCAUAACUUGAGGAACUCAACCACUAAGAGGUUUGGCUGCUUGCAGUGUGGCAAGAGCUUCAGAUGCUUUAGUCAGCUUGAAAUACACCAGAGAAGCCAUACUGGGGAGAAGCCGUUCAGAUGCACACUAUGCGGAAAGCGAUACGCACAAAAAGGACACCUGUAUACACAUCAGCGUACGCACACUGGGGAGAAGCCGUAUCGUUGUCCUGUUUGUGGAAAGGGCUUUAUUCAGAAAUGCACACUCGAUAUGCAUCAGCGUACACACACUGGAGAAAAACCCUUUAUUUGUAUCAAAUGUGGCAAAGGCUUUACAAAGAACUGCAAUCUGAAAAAACACCUCGCAGUACAUCUUGAUCCUACUUCGAAUGUAUAUGGUAGUGACUCCAGUGCACCAACAUUUAGUGGGACAUUUGUAAAUGGAACCUCUUAAGACAUCAAUCAUAUGUAACAUCUGUAGUUUUUGUU